UUUUGAAAACGUUUACUAUUGUUUAGUUGUAGAGGAGUUGUCUAUUAAAUGCAUUACUUUAAUAAUAUAGUGUUUGUAUGUAUUAAAUGCGUUAACCAUUUGACUGCAUAUACUGUCGAUUCAAUUGAUUGAUUGAUCAGUUUUUAUUUGAAGACACGCCACUCAAGUAGAUGACAGAUACAGACAAACAUAGAGACCAUUGACACCAACACCGACAUCGACGACACUGACAUCGAGGACCAGCUUAUAGUAGAUUUGUUUAUAUUUUAUUUGAUUUUGUUUUUGUUGGUCAUCGCUGUCAUACGUCACUAUCGUUUGCUGACACAUCUCAAGUGGUGAUCAUCCCAUUCCUCCUCUUCAUCAUUAUUGAGGUCAUUGAACUAAUAUUUUUCGGUAUAAACACACAAUCAUGAUAUCAUCGGAUGGUCUGACACAAGAGUCGACUCGACGGUUGGCCACCAAAAAGCAGACACUGGACGACGCGUACGCCAUACCGGCCAACUUCUUGGAGAUUGAUGUGGUCAACCCUAUUACACACGGCAUCGCCCGAAACAGAUAUACCGAUUACGAGGUCAGAAUGAGAAGCAAUUUACCAGUUUUUAAAGUAAAAGAGUCGAGUGUUCGCCGAAGAUAUAGUGAUUUUGAAUGGUUAAGAAGUGAACUGGAAAGAGACUCGAAGAUAGUGGUACCGCCACUGCCCGGUAAGGCCUGGAAACGACAGAUGCCGUUCCGUAACGACGAAGGUAUCUUCGAGGAAGACUUUAUUGAGGAUCGCCGUAAAGGUUUGGAACAGUUUAUCAACAAAGUUGCCGGACAUCCAUUGGCCCAAAACGAGAAGUGUUUACACAUGUUUCUUCAGGAGCCAGUCAUCGAUAAGAGCUAUGUUCCCGGAAAGAUUAGGACCACAUAAAUAUAGACCAGAUUUUAUUUAAGCCAUAAAUAUAGGAGAGUUUUUUAAAAAGAGUUUUUUUGUUGGGUUUCGGGAGUCAAUGGAUGACCAUUCUUAACAAAGAAAUAUAUAUUAUUAUUAUUAUUAAUAUAAAUCA